CCACUUCUCCCUUUAUCGACAUAUAUAACAUUCAUAUAUGGUCAUUUUUACACAAUCAAAAUAAAAAAUCUCUCCCUCCAUUGUUGUGUAUCUCGAAAAAACUCGACACAAGACAACCAUGACAAGCUUCUUGCUCUCAUUGCUCCUAUCACUCUUCUUAUUGUCUCCCAAUGUUGGUGGGAUUGAAAUGAAUGAAAACCCAUUUACGGCAAAAGCCUCGUUAAUCCGUUACUGGAAAAAUCACAUCUCCAACGACCUUCCCAAGCCCAAUUUCUUUCUCUCCAAGGCCUCACCACUCGGCCCUACCGACUCAGCGAUUCUCACCAAAAUCGUCGACGAUCCAAACUCGCUCUCCUCCCGCCUCAACUCGUUCUGUUCGUCCGCUCACUUACUCUGCUUCUCCAACGACGACGUUUCGCAGCAACAAGAAGAUCAAUCCAACUCCCAAAGCGACGCCGUUUCGAAGGAUGCGAACUUCGCCACUUAUACGAACAGAAACUUCGCCAACUAUGGCUCCUCUCGACUACGCGGCGCCGACUCGUUCAAGAACUACUCCGACGGGUUGAACUCGCCCAAUGACUCGUUUCGGAAGUACAGUAAGGACUCUAACUCUCAUUCUGAACAAUUCGCCAGCUACGCCACCAAUGCCAAUACCGCCACCUCUUCCUUCACUGGCUACGCCGCCGAUGCUACUAGCGGUUCCGGUGAGUUUAAGAUGUACCACCAGCAAGUCAACGUUCCGAAUCUUCGGUUUAGCUCGUACGACUCCGAUGCUAACCAUCACCGGUUGUCGUUCGGGAGCUACGGCAGCGAAACCAACUCGGGAUCCCAAUCGUUCCUGAGCUACGGCAAGAACGGCGAUGCCGAUCCGAACGAGUUCACCAGCUACGCUGAAGAAGCGAACACCCUCGGGUCAGAUUUCUCUGGAUACGGAGAGCUUGGUAAUGGCGGGAACAAUUCAUUCAAGUCGUACGGGCUCAACGGAAACAAUCCGAAAAGCUACUUCAAGAGCUACGGAACGGGCGGCAAGGCCGGGAUCGAUGGGUUCACGAACUACCGGAACGGAGCGAACGUCGGUGGCAGCUCGUUCCAGACCUACGCGAGAAAUUCAAACUCGGAGAAGGUGACUUUCUCGAAUUACGGGAAAUCGUUCAACUUGGGAAAUGACUCGUUUCGCGACUACGGGAAAGGGUCGGUGGGUCGGACUACAGUCGGGUUCAAUUCAUAUAGUUUGGGCCGGACUUUCAAGGACUACACCCGAAACGGCGUCACUUUCGCCGAGUACAACAAUUUCACCACCGCGACGGAAGCAGGAGAAACUAACGGUCACAGUCACAGUGGCAAAGCCGUAAAUAAGAUGGUUGAACCGGGCAAAUUCUUUAGGGAGUCUUCGUUGAAAGAAGGAAACGUAAUGGCUAUGCCCGACAUUCGAGACAGGAUGGCUGAAAGGUCGUUUUUGCCCCGGUUUAUAUUAACGAAACUGCCAUUCUCGACUUCCAGAAUCUCCGACCUCAGAAAGAUAUUCCAUGCGCCUGUUGGCUCGACCAUGGAGCACGUGAUUCGCAACGCGCUAGAGGAGUGCGAGCGGGCUCCGAGCCCUGGCGAGACCAAACGGUGCGUUGGCUCUGCCGAGGAUAUGAUAGACUUCGCCGUUUCUGUUUUGGGCCGCAACGUGGUGGUCCGGACCACCGAAAACGUGAAUGGGUCAAAGGAAGAAGUUGUGAUUGGUAAAGUCAGAGGAAUCAACGGUGGAGAAUUGACAAAGUCCGUUUCAUGUCAUCAGACCCUGUACCCUUACCUAUUGUACUACUGCCACUCAGUACCUAAAGUAAGAGUCUACGUGGCUGAUAUUCUUGACGUGGCGAGUAAGGAGAAGAUUAAUCGCGGUGUCGCCAUCUGUCAUAUUGACACGUCAUCGUGGGCUCCAGGGCACGGUGCCUUCGUGGCACUGGGGUCCGUUCCUGGGAAGAUUGAAGUUUGCCAUUGGAUAUUCGAAAACGACAUGUCGUGGGCAACAGCUGAUUGAGUGAAACGAAGACCGUACUUUUAAUAUAUAUUUUUUAAAAAAGAAAAAACCUUGCUUUUGUUCUAACACUUUUAUUUAUUCAUAAUUGUUGAUUAGUAUUUUUUUUCCUUUUCCAGUUCAAUCGAAUUCUAUUUGAACUUUUUUGUUUUUUUUGGGAUGAUUUCUAAGCUAUCACGUACAAUAUGUGUGGACCCAAAAAAGAAAAAGCGUGAAUUUUUUUUCU